AUGAGGUCGUCCAGCCACCAGCAGUCGCCCCGGCCUGCGCCACAAGUACCCUCGACGGCAUCCGACGAGCUCAGCGAGCAGUCCCUGCUGGACGAACUCUUCCCGGAGGCCAGCAGCCAGGUCCAGCCCGAUCCCACCGACAAACGGCCCUCGCCCCCAAAGCUCGACCUCCCUGCUCCAGACACCAACCCGCACAUCCGCCUGACGCGCUCCCACACCAGAUCCGACCGCGAGAAGGCCAUCGAUGCGCUCCGUGCGCGCGGCGAACAAACCACGGUGCUCCAGCUCUCCAACUGCAGCACCGCCCUCACAGAAGCCGACUUCCGCCGCCUCGUCCCCCGCGGUCUGCACAUCGAGACAUGGUCGCGCGACGGCGACUUCUACAAAAUCAUCCCUGGUCGCGACCCGCUCUCGCUCGAGCGCCUGCCCUUCUACUACCUGCUCUUCCACACCCCGGCCUCGGCGCUCGCAUACCAGAAGAACGCUUCGAGACUCAGCAAACUGUGCGCCCUGCACGCUCCGAGCAGCAUCCACUCCGCCAUCCCGCCGCCCGCCGGCUUCCUCGAGAACGGCGAGGACAUACACGCUGUGACGAGCUCGUUCGUCCUGCACCCCAACGGCCACGCGCUCGACCUCAGGACGGUAAUGCAGCCGUACAACCGCGCGCUGCGCUCGCUCAUCGACGCCGGCGGUUAUGCGCCGGUUGUGCCCAGCGUUGACGGCAGGGGCAGGAAGAUCCACCGCGUGCUGAUGCACAUGGACGGCUACGAGCCGAGCCAGUGGGAUCUGUGGCAGAUCAUCAGCAGGCACGCGCAUGCGCGGGGCAUCAUCUGGCCCUUUCGGAACGAUCAUGCCAGCGCGCUGAGGAGGUUGCGGGAUGCGAUCAAUUUGAAGACUGUGAGCAGGGCAAAGUUCCAGGCGGUCUCGACUUCGAACCCGCGCGCCGCUUCGCCUCUCCACGUCCGCGAGAAGCAUGCCGAGGAAGGAGUCGAGUACGAAGACCCGGCCAUCGCAUCGUUCCUCGGCACUGGCUCCUCCUCUUCUGGCUCCUCCUCUUCUGGCUCCUCCUCUUCUGGCUCCUCCUCUUCUGGCUCCUCCUCUUCUGGCUCCUCCUCUUCUGGCUCCGGCGACGCCGACAGCGCCAAGGAGAUGAACCAGCUGGUUAUGAACCGCGUGUACAAUCGGUGGAUUGUCGAGUUCGAGGACGAGGAUGCGGCGAGGAGGUUUGCGGGGCUGUGGCAUCGCGUUGUGCUCCCAGACGCGAAGGACAAGACAGGCGCGUGGAGGGAGGCCGAGGAAGUGAGGUGGGUCGAGGCCGAGUACCUCUGGUGA